CACUAGUGGAAUUCUUCAAAACCUUUUGUUUUUGGUCUCCCCAAUGCUUCAGCCCAUAUAGGCUUCGGGAACUUCCCUGAGAUAAGGUUGUCUUUGUUUGUUCCCUGUACAACGACGCUAGAACAUCCAACAAGCUUUCUAAGCGGCAUGAACGGGGAUGUGAGCUUCUCUACUUAGAAGGAUAAAACACCCUCUUAAUUUUUGUGCAGAUGGCGAGCCGGGGAGUCCCGAUAGAUUUAAUUGAAUCUGUUGAAAGUGUAAAUAGUCACUGUGAGGAGGUGGAGUCCAAUGUAAGAGAUGUAUUGGCAGCCUGCGAUCCAGAUGUUUUGGCCGAAAUACCCCCUCUCGAUCGUGCUUACAUCUUUCUAACCUUGGCAAAAGCAGCAGCUACACUAUAUGCUAUGCAACUACAGUUUGUUGGAGAAUCUGUAGAGGAUCAUCCUUUCAAGAAGGAGAUGGAGAGAUUGGAGUUGUACACAAGCAAGGUGGAAUAUUAUAUUGAUAUGAGUACAGCUCGUCCCACAACCAAGAUAAAUGCACGAGCAGCAACUCGUUUUCUUGAGCAUUCUUUACCUGAUUUAACCCCACAGCAAAAAAGUGAGAUGCGUGAAAUAAGCAGAGGAGAGAGAUCUGGGAUAAAGUCCCAGGAGGCUCGUGGUAACAAAAAGAAGAGAAAACAUGAUUUAUCUGGAAGACAAUCUGUUGCUGCUGCUGCUGUAGCGUUUUUGGCUGAGACAAGCAAGGAGCUUUUUGAAGGAAACAGUCUGCAAGAACAGAUAAAAGAUGAAGUGCCUGAAGAAGGUGAAAUUGGGGAGGACUGAUCUAAUGCAAAUUAGAAGGUUUAUGGAGUAAGACAAACGAAUACAUGAAGAUUUGAGUAAAGCUUGUGGAGUGUUAUGGGCACCUAUAUUACAAUACAACAAGAUUGUGCCCCCUUAUGCAUGAGAGGGAUUAUUAGAUUCAUCCUUUUCCCAGAUUUGUAGGACUAGGAUGAAGUUGUAAAUCAUGGAUUUUAACUCUAAUACUAUUAUCUUCUCAUUUGGAAUGAUUGUCGAGAAUUUAAUGGUGGCAUUUAAGAUAUACAUAGGAUCCACUAUUCAAUUGCAGCCCUUUUAUGAUACUAGUAUGAUGAAUCCGAAUGGACAAUGGCCAAUAGAGUACGUUGUCUCCAAAGAUGCCAUUGAUUUUUGACAACAAUUUUCCAGGUGUCACAUACCCUUCUAUUAAAAAAGUAUGUGAACAGAUUUUUUUUGAGCACCAGUAUAUACCGAGAAACUUUCGAAGUGGGGAUUUUCUUAUUUGUAUUGCUCAUUGUUAUCUCAUGUUUGGCAGUGAGCUUUUCAGAGAACAUGAUUGAGAAAAAGUUAAUAUUUGAAGGCGCAUAAAACAAGAUUAUAGCA